AUGUUUUCUUCCAUUAUGACUUUCUCUUUUAUCCGUUUGCUUUUCUCUUCAAUGCAUUGUUUCUUUCCUCGUCUCUUCAUUCUGUUUUUAUAUACCGCUCAUGUUUCUCUUCUCCUCUUCUUUCUUCUAUAUUUCACCUUUCAUUUCUCUGUUUCUCCUUUUCUCUUCAUCUCUAUCCAUUACUUCGUUUUCUAUUUUACUCUCGCUUUUCUUUUUUCAUUCUCCUUUAUUUACUCUUUCCUCUCCUUAUUUCUAUUCGGUUCUCUCCUCUCCUUUUCUUUACUCAGCUUCACUAACCUUCAUUUAACUACUAUCUUUUUCAUGCUCACCCUUUUUUCUUCCUUUCUUUUUUACAAAUCUAUCUAUCUAUCUAUCUAUCUAUCUAUCUAUCUAUCUAUCUAUCUAUCUAUCUCGACAUUUCUAUCUUUCUUUGCUGCAACACUGUGUCUUUCAAGCCCACCAUUUUCCAUGUACGAACUUCCUUUUCUCUCUCGCAGUUAA